AUGUUUAAAAACCGAAACAACCUCUCCGGAAAUAGACGAAUUUCAAAUAGGACGACAGCGUUGGAAGACAACAGGCUUUCCCUGGCUGCCAGCGAAGAUAGGAUCUGUGAAACAGGCAAGUCCUCGCCGGGGAAACCCCGCAAAGCUAAGCAGAAAGUCAGAUCCAGGUCACUGAUUGAAGUCGCUUCCCUUGCCGGCCUGAAACUUCCUG